AUGGCGGGAGAAGGAGAAGAAGUCAACAAUCAGCUGCCUUUCUUUCACGUCCAAGUUAAAAAAACACUGGCAGACGGGAAGAUAAGAACAACGGUCUACCGUAAAACAACUAACGCCAGACACCUUCUCCACUUCCAAAGUAACCACUCUGUUCGUCACAAACGCAGUUGCGUCAGAAGCCUCUUCCAACGUGUUCAAUCAUGCUGUAACGACGACGAUGUGGAGCAGGAGGAGAUGGAAUCGACCGAAGAAAUCUUCGCGUUUUUCGUGUCGAUUGCCUUCCUCGUUGAAGCCUACCGAGACCUCGUUAAGGAAUUUGAAACCUACUACUCCUGUCAGUCGAGAAUGCUGAAUGGCAGCGAACAGCAGUGUCCAAAGCCGACAGUGCUGAACUCCACCCCCCUCCACCCCAUGGCCGACGAGCUCGAGGCAGAUCCUCCGGCUAGGCAAUUAACACGCGCCCUGACCCGUGUCCUCCGUUCAGCCCUGCUAACGGAGGAAACCACGCUCAAUUUAAGUCUCGAAAAUUUAACCACAACCAACAGCACCGAAUUACCCGACUGUAAACCGGAGGUCUCUCUGCUCUACCUUUUUCUAAUGUUUUGCACCCUAUGGAUGUUCAUCUCCAUGCUCAAUUUCACAAAAACCCCCUUCCUUACUGCAAGAAAGCGAGAACUUAUCCGGGAUGUCGCCCUACCGUCGACGGUCCUUGUGAUGUCCUUUGUCGGCUCCUAUGUCUUCAGGCACAUUGAUUGUACGUUCAAACAGUAA